AUGCCGCCCGUACCGUCGCAGCCUCUCCCGCGGGUCAUCACCUACUACCAGACGCAUCACACCCCCGAAGGCAAACCCAUCUCGAUCCUCCCGCUCCUGACCCAACCCGGCAUCAGCGUCACGCACGUAAUCCUCGCGGCGAUACACAUUAACGAUGAUCCCCACGGCCUCACGUUGAACGACCAUGCCCCCGACAACCCGCGAUUCCUUACACUAUGGGCCGAGCUGCGUGUGUUGCAGGCCAGCGGCGUCAAGGUGAUGGGCAUGCUGGGCGGCGCCGCCCAGGGAUCAUAUAAGCGUCUGGACGGCAGCGAAGCCCAGUUCGAGGAAUACUACAUCCCGCUGCGCGACAUGCUGCGCACAUACGGCAUGGACGGCAUUGACUUGGACGUCGAGGAGGUGAUGAGCCUGGCCGGCGUCAUCCGCCUCAUCGACCGCAUCAGGCAGGACUUUGGCAAAGAUUUCAUAAUCUCCCUGGCACCCGUCGCCGCUGCGCUGCUCAUGCCCGACAAGAACCUCAGCGGCUUCGACUACGAGGCGCUCGAGGUGAUGCGUGGCGGAGACAUUGGCUGGUACAACGCCCAGUUCUACUGCGGGUGGGGCGACUGCAGCAGCACAGCCAUGUACGAGAUGAUUAUGGCAAAGGGCUGGCCGGCCGAGAAGGUCGUCAUGGGCCUGGUCACGAACCCCGAGAACGGCGCCGGCUGGGUGCCGUGGGAGAUGCUGGGCGCCGUGCUCCUCACGCUCCGAGGCCGUUAUGCGCGCUUCGGCGGGGUUAUGGGCUGGGAGUACUUCAACAGCUUGCCUUCCGGUCGGGAGAAGCCCUGGGAAUGGGCAAAGUGGAUGACGACGAUGCUGCGCGCCGAUCACACACACCAUUCACCCGGGCCGGUGCAAGACACGGCUCCCGUGGAUGUCGGCAAUCCUGUUGCUAAGGGAGUCAAGAAGCACCUGGUGGAUGAGGUCGACCCCGACAGCCCAAACAGCAAGGACGCACCGCUUCCGGCGUCUUUCGACUACUACUCCGAUACUAACUGGGAUGAAGAUUGA